AUGGCCAUGGUUGAAUUCGAAACCAAGGCGAAAAGGCUAGCAGAGCACAUGGAGCUCUUGCUGAGCCGAAUCGGCGGGUCCGCAGACACUCAUAGCACGAGAGGCUUGCUCUCGUUCUUCGGUGCAACUGUGCGACAGGCCGAGGAGCUAUAUCGCAAGCUCCAAUCUGAGGAGACCGCUCUCGCGGCCGCUCGUCACAGCCAAUCGGAGGCGACCGAAGAGCUCGCUCAACGACAGAUCGACCUUUCCCUGGCUGAGGGCAAGCAGGCAGAAGAGUCUGUACGACUUUCGGGGUGGCACCGGGCAGUGCUAUCUGACCAGCAAUCUGUGCAGGCAAGCCAGGCACUGCUCCUGAACCAAUGGCGGGACUUGCUCAUGGUUCGAGGCCAAGGAGAAAAGGCCAAUAUCGACAUGGUGAUGGCCAAGCUCCGAUCUCUCGAGCUGGGCUCUGAGGCUUGUCUCGGUCUUAUAGCCGGUCGACAAGACCUCGAAUACGAGGGGCAGCUUGCGGUCAAGAACGAGGAGAUCGACCGUCUCAGUCGUGAGUUGAAUCGGUUGCAAGGUCGGUACGAUGAGAAAUGCUCAUCGUGCGAGGACCUACGCACCGAAAUUGGCAAGAUGUCUGCUGAGGCCAAGAGCCUGCAUACCCAGCUGAAGGCCCAGGCCGGCUCAAUUGAUGCACUACAGAAGCGAGCUGCGAAAGUCGAUCGCCUGCAGGGCGGACUGCAGGAGAGGACAACGCAGCUCGCUUCUGUGCAGAGCCAGCUUGUUGAUCAAAUUAACCUCACUGACAACUUACAGGCUGAUUUGGACGAAGCCAUGAACCGCGAGCACGAGGCCUCCAAAGUGGCAGCCCGUGUUCCCGACCUUGAGCGGCGGCUCAAAACUACACUUCAUGUUAGCAAGGAGUGGUCUCUCAUGGUCGCCGAGGCCGAGCAUCACGAGGCAUCAUUGGCGGCUCAGGUGCAAGACCUAGAAACCCAGCUCGAGGCCUCGCGGUGCAAGGUUGCAGCACUUGAGUUGAGCCUUGAGCAGUCAAGGCAGAGUCUGGCCCGCCAAACCGAUGAUCUCAAGUACUUCCGAGACCAGGCCGACAGGCUUAGCGACAACGUCCUAGAGAACGAGAAAGCGACCCAGGUAGUGCUGGAGAAGCAUAUCGACCAUGUAGAUAGGCUCAGGGCGGAGCAUGAGACCGAGAUCGAACGCCUCAAUCUCCAAAACGAGACUCGGCUGAAAUCUGAGACCGAAGCCACCACUCUAGAGUGCGAAGCCGAACUGGUGUCAGAGAUCGAAAAGCUCGGCCGAAAAUUCGAGACUGAGCUGGCGUCGAAGAUGCAAAUCCUCGAUCAACAGUAUCGAGACGAGUUGGCUCGGGAGACCGAGGCACUCCAUGAUGAGCUCCGAGCUGAGCGGUCUUCCGAGAUUCAGGCUCUCAAACGGGAGCACGAGGGGACACUAGCGCUGGAGCUCGAGACGCUCAGGAGGCAGCAUGCAGCAGAACUCAUUGCCAACCCUACACCACCGAGGUCGGCCAACGCUGACGUCGCAUCAUGGGCUGAUGAGGUAGGCAAACUGACGACACGGCUGUUGCACUGCAGGCCAAUUGUGGUCGACAACUCGAUCGGUCGCCACAAUGCGGCCGUCGAGAUCUAUGUCAGAACGUAUUUGGACAGGGACGGCAAGAGAGCCGAAGGCAAUCUCGCCGGUUUUAGCAUCGGAGCCAAAUCCGGACGAUGGUAUUGCCUCGAAUCCGUACUGGAGUAUGGAGUACGGUCUCCCCGCAGUGAGGUUGGCCACGACGAAGAAGAAUGCGGCAUUCAUGGCAAUGCAGAGCGGUGUCUACAAAUCAAGGCCGCCGAUGGCCAACCAGGCGCUGUGCAUUGCCGGGUUCGCCACUCGCCGGCCGAAGCAACGAGUCCACCGACGUCAAUUAUGGACGAGGAUGGUGGGUUGUAG